AAUGACCAUUUCUCUCAACCGUUACUCGGUUAGUCUCGCGAUGUUACACAAUCUAUGCGCGUGCGCAGCCUAGCGCAGACGCGCACGUCGGAGGAGCUGAGUUGGAGGAUCAUGGCGGAGCGCAGGAGGCACAAGAAACGGAUCCAGGAGGUGAGCGAGCCCACCAAGGAGGAGAAGGCGGUGGCCAAGUACCUACGAUUCAACUGCCCCACCAAGUCCACGAACAUGAUGGGCCACCGAGUCGACUACUUUAUUGCCUCCAAGGCUGUGGACUGUCUGCUGGACUCCAAGUGGGCCAAGGCUAAGAAGGGAGAGGAGGCGUUGUUCACCACCAGGGAGUCUGUAGUGGAUUACUGCAACAGACUCUUAAAGAAGCAGUUCUUCCACCGAGCUCUCAAAGUGAUGAAGAAAAAACCUGAAAAAGACACCAAGAAGGAGAAAGAGAAGGAGAAGGAAAAAGAGAAGGAGAAGUCCAAGGCUGACAGCAGCAAAGAGGAGGAGAAAAAAGGGAAGAAGGAGAAAGAGAAGAAGAAAGAGUCCGAGGUGGCUGAAACCAAGAAAGAGAAGAGCGAUGACAGUCCUGGAAGCCCCAAGAAAAAGAAAGAAGUGAAGAAGAAGUUCAAACUGGAGCCUCAUGAGGACCAGCUAUUUCUAGAUGGAAAUGAGGUAUAUGUGUGGAUUUACGACCCUGUUCAUUUCAAAACAUUUGCCAUGGGACUGAUACUCGUCAUUGCAGUAAUAGCAGCCACGCUGUUCCCACUGUGGCCAGCGGAAAUGCGUGUAGGAGUUUACUAUCUAAGUGUUGCCGCAGGCUGCUUUGUGGCCAGUAUAUUGCUUCUUGCUGUUGCCCGCUGCAUCCUCUUCCUGAUCAUCUGGGUGGUGACCGGCGGGCGACACCACUUCUGGUUCCUCCCCAACCUGACGGCAGACGUGGGUUUUAUCGACUCGUUCAGGCCGCUCUACACUCACGAGUACAAAGGGCCACGAGCCAGCAACAAGAAGGGCUCGGACAAGACGGACGACAGGGACAACGGCGCCUCCACCAAGGCUCAGAAGUCAGACAGCGACGAGAAGUCGGACAGCGAGAAGAAGGACGGCGACGACGAGGAGGAGGAGGAGGAAGAGGAAGAGAGCAAAGAGGCGGGGCCAGAGGAGAGUAAAGAAGCGGAGGGGGAGGGAACGGAUCACCACUCAGACACAGACAGCGACCGGCGGGAGGACGAAGGCUCGCAGCACAGCAACGGAAACGACUUUGAGAUGAUCACCAGGGAGGAGCUGGACCAGCACACAGAGGAGGAAGAGGAGGAGGAGGAGACGCAAGAGAGAAAAGAAGGGGCUGAGAGUGAGACUAAACCCCAGACUGCUGAAACAUAAACCUCUUAACAAUCCCAUCACUCUCUAUUUCUCUCUCUCAGCCCUUCCCUCCCUACCUUCCUCCCUCCUGUGAUCCCAGGACCUGCUAGUCCGGCCUCUCUGAGCCUGCAGAGGCCGAGGAGAGGCUCCAUCUCUCGUUGUUGAGAUCUUCCACUAAAACAGUACCAAUAGGACCAGUACCUGGAUAGACAUAACAGUGAAAUGUCAACGGCUACGACAAUGGGGAAAGCAAAAUUUAAGAAAGAAGAAGAAGCCUUAAUGGUAGAUCUGAUUCCUCCCACCCAAAUGUUAUUUGUGUUCAAAUGAAAACUGCCACCCACAUGUUUGCCUAAAGAAGGUGUCAAAACAGCCCAGCAGCCCCGAUGCAGGGCUUGCUUUUUCUUUCUUUCUUUCUUUCUUUCUUUUUUGGUUUCUCAUGUCACCAAGUAGCUUUUUUUGUGUCCUUUCAACUCAGAAUGUUUUAUUUAUGUCCCCCGUGAUUGGUUACAUUUGUAUGUUUUGUAUGUGAGGUCAAAUCCAAAUAGCUGGCCACACUAUAGUAGAUACAGAUGACGGAGAAGAGCUAUCAUGCUAUAAGUGACCAGUAAGAGAAGGCGUGCUGGUGUCUUUGCCCCCCCGCUUCUUUUAUUUUUGGUUUCGUUGUUGUCCUUGAACUCCAUGUUGUAGGUACAAUCACUGAUGUUCUGGAGAAAGCCCCUGUUCAUUCACCCAUGUGAGUCUGAUAGCUUUCUCAGGCUGCCCUUGAAGCAAACAGCUUCAAGUGUCUGCUUUGAAACCUGAACUAAGCCAGGUGGACCAAAUCCUGUUUCGUUUACUCGAAGGAACCUAAAAAAAUCUACCUUGUGGCUGGAUGGAGUAUUUGGAGAUUAGUAUGGCUCUUUGAGGUACUUGCCAUUUUCAGUAAGAAACAACACAUUUCUUUUUUAAUGACUAAUCAUAGUGCAGUCCUCUCCACAGUCUAAAGUACUUCUAGUUCAUAUUUAAUGUGGGACUCAUCUUUAAGAAUACAAGUGAGCAACUGGGACACCGCUGGGGUACUUGAUUUUCUUUUUUUUAAAAGGAUUGCAGCAUUUGUUGUGCAACAAAAGCUAGAAGACAAUAACUGUCUAUUUGCAAACAGAACCAGAUAUACAGUAAAGCUAAACUCUAGUGCCAAACUCAACUAAUAAUGAUGAUGUUUAUGAGUGCUGAUUUAAAACGGGAGAGUCGGGUGUGAGAGCAAGGGGUAGUUUUUGGUCAGUUUGUUCAUUUUGUAACUGCGGUGUCAAACUCCUCAAACCUUUCACGUCUUUGGGGAGGGGGAAAUAAAGAUUUUAAAAAAACACAGCACAAGGUUGUUAGUGUGUAGCUAAAUAAACAUUUUUGGUCUCAAUGAAACCGUUUAAAAAGGUGUUCGCGCCCAAACCAGUCGUGUCUAGCCUCACACACACACACACACGAGCUGUCGUGUGAAAACAGCGGGCGCGCGUCACAAAUCCAGCUCCACUGACCAGACUACAGUUUCAUUUCCAGUAACUGGCGGCCGAUGUGGUCCAAGCUGUUCCUUCACAUUACAUACUGUCUUAGAUGCUCCUUUUAGUCAUAGCGAGGAUUAUAUUUAAGUAUAAAAAAAUAGAAAUGUAUCAUUUAUAUAUGGAUUCUAUUGAUAUAUCAAAUAUAUAUAUAUACACAAAUGUAGUCUAAGAAACUAAAACAGCUUUUCUCCCAUUUUCUUUUGUAUUAGGAGGUAUACAAUUUUUUUUUUGUUUGUAAUGUUCAUUUUUGUUUUUAUACGAUUCAUUAAGAGUGUACUCGUUAUUUAAAGGUGACAUCUGGGAUUAGAAAACAGUGGGAAUUUCUUAGAUAGCAGCAUAUUUCUGUAUUUUCUUUUUACAUUUGCUGCCGUAACACUGAAUGUGUGACCGGUUGGCUUGUUGUGGGCCUGCCACGUUGCCUAUCUCGACAACGGUGAGUCAUUAACCCGGUCUUACAACACCAGUGGCUUGUGCAACACUGACAGCAACCUGUUGGUUCCCACAUAAUCUGAAAAAGUCUCCCCACAGUGAAACAAUAUCUGAAUAUACUCCACACAGCUUUCUGUACAGUCGUCAGUUUGUUUUGCCUGAAAAUGAACUCACCUAGUCUGAAUUUAGUAGUUUGUUCUCCUGUAAUCCCGCUGAGGCUUGUAGCUCUUCGACUCUCACACCACCACGUUGUUGCUCUUGUUUCUUUUCUAAUAUCUUUGUUCUUGUUUUUUUUUCUUCCCCAAACGGGCAAAGUGCAACUCUCUGUCCUGAGUUGCCAGUCGCUGUACUCAAUAUUGGCAUAACCAUUUCACGAAACACUUGUUCGUGACUGUUGCACAGUAUCGGUCUCUUGUAUAUUGUAGUAUUAUUACUCUCUAUGCUGCUGCUUCUCAUCGCACAUUUCUGGGGGAAAUCAAAAAGUGAAACUGUAAAACAUUCAUGUGGUGGUCAAAAAAAAACGUGUCUUUUGAUCACCUAGUUGUCCACAGUUGAAUCAGUGUCAUUCUGAAGACUCAUGCAAUAUUGGAGAAUAAUUUAAUAAAACUGGAUGUCUGGAAAUAUAUCUGUAUCUUAUCAUUGCAAUAAAAAUAUUGAAAGCACAA